GAUGCGUAAUGACGCGUGCGUGCGAGCACAGGAUCCACCACGGGCUGUAGUACGUGUUUUUUUCUCUCUCGUCCUCGUGGAGGGGAGGGUCGCGUCACGCCCACCGGGCUGAGCCGCACUGGGAGCCUGAUAUAAACUGGGAGGUGAGUGGAGUCAGACACUGCUCUCCUCCGUCAGCUGCAGAUUCACGGCUCCGUUCAAAACACGCAGUUGCCAUGUCUCAAGCUCUGGACAUCGACCGCUGGGACCUGGAGUGCGACUUAAACAACGUCGACCACCGAACCGACCUCAACGGCGUGGACCGUCUGAUCGUGAGGAGAGGCCAGGCCUUCAGCGUCAGGCUGUACCUUCGCUCUGGGAGCUACCAGCCAGGAGUCAGCUCCCUUGACUUGGUUGCAGAAACAGGCCCUCAGCCCUCUGAGGAGUAUGGCACCAGGGCCCGCUUCGCUCUGUCCGCCGCCGUCGACGCCACCCGCUGGAGCGCCGCCGUCGAGACCUGUUCUGACAGCGACGUGGUGAACCUGUCCGUGUGCGCCGCCCCCGACGCGCCCAUAGGCCGCUACACUCUGACCCUGGGGGGGUCAGGGCACAUCGACUUCAUCCUGCUCUUCAACCCUUGGUGCCCAGGCGACACAGUCUACAUGGAUGACGAGAAGUGCUUGGAGGAGUACGUCUUGUCUCAAGAUGGAAUCAUCUUUCGCGGCAGCUCCAAGUAUCCCCAACCUACUCCCUGGAACUUUGGCCAGUUUGAAAGUGGAAUUCUUGAUGUUUGUCUACGGAUUCUGGACAUGAAUCCUAAAUGUCUGAGGAAUCCUGCCAAAGACUACUCCGGGAGAAGGAACCCCAUCUACGUGUCCAGAGUGCUCAGCGCUAUGGUGAACUGUAACGAUGAUGAUAAUGGAGUGCUGCUGGGAAAAUGGUCGGGCGGCUUUGAAGGAGGCGUGAGCCCUAUGUUCUGGAGGGGCAGCGUGGAGAUCCUACGCAACUGGGACACCCAGGCCUGUCAGCCUGUGCGUUAUGGGCAGUGCUGGGUGUUUGCAGCGGUGGCCUGCUCUGUUUCCAGGGCUCUGGGCAUCCCCUGCAGAGUCAUCACCAACUACCUGUCAGCCCACGACGUCAACAGCAACCUGGUGAUUGAGCGCUACGUCAAUGAAAAUGGAGAACUCAUUCAAUCCAAGGAAAUGAUCUGGAACUAUCACUGCUGGGUGGAGAGCUGGAUGACCAGGCCCGACCUCAAGGCGGACUUUAACGGCUGGCAGGCCAGUGACCCCACACCUCAGGAGAAAAGUGAAGGAGUGUACUGCUGCGGCCCGGUCCCCAUCAGGGCCAUCAAGGAGGGCGAGCUCACCUUCAAGUACGAUGCCCCGUUUGUGUUUGCCGAGGUCAACGCCGACGUCGUCACCUUCAUGAAGAAGCCGGACGGCAGCAACUCCCAAGUUCACAGCCCGGCAGUGGUGGGUCAGAUGAUCAGCACCAAGAGGGUGGGCAGUGACGCCAGGGAGGACAUCACCCACCUCUACAAGUACCCUGAAGGCUCAGAUGAGGAACGUGCAACUUUUACAAAGGCCAACCAUCAAAACAAGCUGCUGCAGAAGCAGCAGCAGAACGAAGGCCUGCACCUCACCAUCAAGGUGUCAUCUGACAUGAGGAAGGGCUGCGACUUCGACGUGUUCGCCGUGGUGACCAACAACACGCAGAGCGACAAGAAGUGCCGGCUGGUGUUCGGAUCCUGCGCCAUGUCCUACAGCGGAGUGAUGGGGGAGAACUGCGGCUUCAAGGAUCUGCUCAAUGUGGAGCUGUCGCCAGGAGCAGAGAGGCGGGUUCCGCUCAGGUUGAACUACUCCAAAUACGGCGGCCUCCUCACCGAAGACAACCUGAUCCGCCUGGGAGCUCUGCUGAUCGACUCAGCCACCGGGGAGUCCACGCUGGCCGUCAGAAACAUUGUGCUGGCCAAUCCUGAAAUCAAAGUCCGGAUCCUGGGUGAGCCGAAGCGGAACAGGAAGCUGGCCGCGGAGAUCACCCUCCAGAACCCGCUGCCGGAGCCGCUGGACGACUGCUGCUUCAGCAUCGAGGGGGCCAACCUCACCGGGGGCUGCGUCAUCUCUGAGAGGCUGAGCUGCUCAGUGGGACCAGGGGAAGACGCCAAGGUGAAAAUCUACUUCACUCCCACCCACGCUGGGCUCAGGAAGCUGGUGGUCGACUUCGACAGCAGCAAGCUGUGUCACGUCAAGGGCUACAGAAAUGUGAUAAUUGGAAAAUAGAGCUUUCCGCUUCGCAGCCCGUCAGGCACAGACUUAAUACUGUUUCUAGAACUACGCGUCUUUUAAUACAAAACGACCGACGUUAACAUUCACAUGCACCAAAAUCUCAUUUGUAAAGCACUGAUGGAAUGUUUUUAAUGCAUUAAGUCCUACAAUUAAAAGACUGUCUACAGGUGUCA